AACUGUUUCGGACUCACAUAAGACGAGCGCUGUUUUCUGGCUUCCAUACAAUACGAUACACUUUGACUUCCGGGCGUAAGGAACAGCUAACCUGGCACGCCUGUAUGGGGACGUUGCUAGCUGGCUACCGAGACAUCAAGCGACCGGGGGCCGUCGAAGCGCAGAGGGAGGGGGGAUUCAUCUGCUAUUAGCCAGGUCGACGCGAGGGUGAAUUUGGCGCAGGCAUAUGUGUGCGAACUGUGCACAAACGUGCUUCAUUGUUACGGCAUGAGACAAGUUUUCUCGUUGGUCUUGAUAUGUAGCCGCUGCUUUCUCCGCCGUGUCCUGGUACCAACGGGAAUAAGGUCAUGGAUUUCCCAGGCCACUUUGACCAGGUCUUCCAGCAGCUGAACUACCAGCGGCUGCACGGCCAGCUGUGCGACUGCGUGAUCGUGGUGGGCAGCCGCCAUUUUAAGGCCCACCGCUCGGUGCUGGCGGCCUGCAGCACGCACUUCCGGGCGCUGUUCACGGUCGCCGAGGGCGACGGCAGCAUGAACAUGAUCCAGCUGGACAGCGAGGUGGUGACGGCGGAGGCCUUCGCCGCCCUGGUGGACAUGAUGUACACGUCCACGCUGAUGCUGGGCGAGAGCAACGUGAUGGACGUGCUGCUGGCCGCCUCACACCUGCACCUCAACGCCGUGGUGAAGGCCUGCAAGCACUACCUGACCACCCGCACCCUGCCCAUGUCCCCCCCGGGCCAGCGGACGCCCAGCCACCACCUGGAGCAGCAGCAGCAGCAGCAGCAGCAGCAGGCUAGCGCUGCCUCCGCCGCCGCCGCUAACUCCCGGCUGCAGCGCUCCUUCCUCCUGCAGCAGCUGGGCCUCAGCCUGGUCAGCUCAGCCCUGAGCGGGGCCGACGACGGGCCCGGGGACCGUGCCGGGGCCGGGGCCACGGUGGAGCAGCGCGCCUCCUUCCCCAUCCGCCGCUUCCACAAGCGCAAGCCCUGUCUGUCCCUGGCUGCCCCAGAGGAGCUCCCCCGGCAGAGGCCCCGGCCCUCCCCCUCCUCCAACCAGCCGCUGAGGGUCGGCGACGGCGAGUUCUCCCCCGACUCCCGAAAGACGGGCGAGGGGCCCAAGCUGGAGGGCGGCCCGCAGUACGGAGCCCGGGCCCCUCAAGAGGACGCCCAGAUGCCCACCCAGUCGGACAGCGGGCGGGGAGGGGGGGAGAAGGGCCCGGGAAUGGGCAAAGACGAGUACAUGGAUGGGCAGGCCAAGGUGGAGGGGGUCAGCGUUCAGAUUAAGGAGGGGGCUGAGGAUGAGGAGGAGGAGGUGCAGAUGCGGGUGGUGGUGAAGAGCGAGCCCCUGAGCUCCCCGGAGCCUCCCGACGAGACCAGCGACGUGACCUCUCAGGCGGAGGGCAGCGGAGGGCCGGGCGCCGAUAAGAUGGAGCUGAGCCCUGAGAGCAGCGACCGCAGCUUCUCCGACCCACAGUCCAGCUCAGACCGGGCGGGGGAGCUGCAGCUGGAGGGGAGCGUGGGAGGGGGCAGCGCUGACGGGGACCGGGGGGGCCUCACCUGCAGCAGCGACCUGGACCCCAAACAGACCUUCAGCAUCUCCAGCUUCCUCAGCGUCAAGGGCUUCAGCGACGACAGCGCCCCCAACACCACCACCGCCGAGGGCCCGCUGGACCGAGAGGCCGGGGGGUACCUGCUCAGCCCCGAGCCCAUGAACGGCACGGGAGGUCUCCUGCACCCAGGGGCCCACCACCCCAAUCCACACCUCCUGCAGGACGAGGUGCACCACUUUGGAGACGUCCAUGCCGACUCUCUCUUCCUGCGGCCAGCACAGGACGGGCUGGGGUACCCGCGGGACGGGCCGGACCAGUUGGGCCUGGACUUCCAGCGGUCCAGCCUGGGCCUGCACUCUCUGUCCCGCGCGUCCCGAGGGGGCGUGGCCAGCCUGGGCUUCCCUGGGUUCCGACGCAUCGCGCCCAAAGCCACGGGAGGCGGGUCGGCGUGCGUGGACGCUGCCCAGCCCCAGGACGCUUCUUCCUCUUCCUCCUCGGCCGCGGGGGGUGCCGUCCCGCUGAACGGGGCGCAGUUCGACGGCGGGGCGGGGUCCCGUGGGGUCCCCCCGCCUCCGCACACCCAGCUGACACGGGCCUCGGCCGACGUCCUGUCCAAGUGCAAGAAGGCGCUCUCCGAGCACAACGUCCUGGUGGUGGAGGGGGCGCGCAAGUACGCCUGCAAAAUCUGCUGCAAGACCUUCCUGACGCUGACGGACUGCAAGAAGCACAUCCGCGUGCACACGGGCGAGAAGCCCUACGCCUGCCUCAAGUGCGGCAAGCGCUUCAGCCAGUCCAGCCACCUGUACAAGCACUCCAAGACCACCUGCCUGCGCUGGCAGAACAACAACAACCUUCCCAGCUCCCUCCUCUGAUCCACCCGGCCGCCACCGGCCUCCUCACCACCAGGGGGCAGUGGGCCCCCCACCCCUACAUUAGCGAAAUGGGAUCAUGGGCCUCAAUGACAUUUUCUUUCUUCUGGUGCAGUGCUAAAUUUCUUCCUCUCCAGUUCACACUUAAGGACAUUAUCAGGAACAGCCAUACAUUUGGAAAAAUCUAGUGAAUUUAAACAUAAACUUUAUUUUUAUUUUUAAUUGCAAAUAACUGUAAUUAUAUAUUAGUUUUCUUGCAUCUGUUUUCAGUAGCUGUUUCAGUAGUAACUUGAAAACAGACCAGUUAGCUAAUAUACUGUAGCUAACUCGCUUGCAAGCUAAUCCAAGGCAGUUUUCGGCUGGAGAAAAAUUUUAUACAAAUGAUAUAAACUGAAGAAAGAAAAAGGGCCCUGGGCUUUGGUUAAAAAAAAAAAGAAUGAAAAAAAGACAAAUUGUUCUCAGUAAUUGUUCAUUUUAUAAAUUAAUAUGGCAGAUUUACAGUUACUGUAGUUUAGAACACAACACCAACAUACAUAAAUGCCAUUGAUCCACAAAUCAGUAAAAUUCUAAGAGGGUCCAGUGUGAAGCAUUCUGCUUCACACUGUGUGAAGCAUUGUGAAGCAUUCACAGCAUCCAAACAAAAAGGAUUUAUUGUCCCUCUCGGUGCACAGAAACAGCCUGCUGGUGCCGUACCUCUUUCUCAAAAACCACUCCAAACAAUUACAAUAUGGGUCAUAUUUGGUUUCAUCAUUUUUUUUGUUGGUUUGACAAAACUGCAACUGAACUGGAAUUGCAAAAGAAGAAGUGGUUUGUUUUGGAAGGAAAGAAGAUCUAUAUUUCACAAAAACAUGAAUCUUUUUUUUUUUUAACUGGUGUUUUUAUUUGACAGAAAACCCUCCUCUUGGAAAAGAGUCCAUGGAUCAGGAGUCCGGUGGGGAAUAGUUUUUGUGGCUCUUGGAUGUGCGUGGAAAUGCACUGGAACAGGGCAGAGUUUGACGGCUGUUUCGCUGUGGGACUGCCCGUCUGUUAACCUUCCUCCCUGAACAGUAGUGUGGACGAGUGAUGUGAGGGGGGAAAAUGUCGAUUUUUAAAUGCAUCAUUGAACUAAAGUUAAAAUAUUGCACAUUUCUUUUUGGUAUUUUUUCCUUCAGAAGGAAAUUAAUAACAUUAAUGGACUUGAAGUUACCUAACUGUUGUGUAUAUGCUUCCAGAUUUGUUUUUCUUUUGCAGCGUUUCUGAAUUGUGUUGUAAUCACUAGGCAGGGCGUUGUUUUUAUUACAAACAGGCACUGACUGGUCAGGGGUUAUGACUACUUUAGUGGAUUCCUUUAUUAGUGCCUUUUUGCAAUCUAUUGGUACAAUGAAGGUACCCUUGACACUGAGGAAACCAGAUAACAGUACCUCCAAAAUGAUUCACAGCCCCAAUAAAGAUAAACAAUAAAUACCAUGGAAGAAAUAAUACUGAGCUAUGUUUUAAUCCUCCAAUAUAUGGAAUAUACUGCACUUCAAUAAUGAUUUGAUGGUACAUUCUCAAAUUAUUCAAAUUUCAGUAUCACAAAUAUACAUUUCCCUGGUUUUUGUACUUUGCGCCUGUCCAUCCAUAAGGAUUGCAGUGUUUUAUGAGAUGGUAAACAUUUUAUGGUAAACCUUGGGGUGGAUAUUUGACCAAUCAAUACAUAAUCUUUCAAGUUGUUUGGGUCUGCGCUUGCGCUUGUUGACCGCCCUCUUCAACCACAAAUCCUUCAUAGGAUUCACGUCUGGAGGAUGUCAUUUUGUCGGGUAACCAUUUCAGAGUUGAUUUUUGAGGUGCGCUUGGGAUCAUUGUCGUGCUGAAACAUCUAUUUUGCAACCAAGUUUCCUGGCAGAGGAAAUUAGAUUAUUAUUAUCGGCCCACAAUAGAGGCUUUGUGAUCCCCCAAGAUGCCACCAAGGUUUGCAGGUCGCUAGCUAUUUUAGAUUCUUUGCCUUCCACAUCAUCUUCCAGGGGCGAGAUGUACAUACAUCCCCUACCAAGCAGGUUUACCCCUGUUACACUGGUUUUAUAACUUAAUUAUGGACCUAUUUGUGGAAUGUGGCAUCUUUAGUUUUUAUUUAUUUGUUUGUAAUAUGCUCCCGGCCUGCUUUUUUAUUUUUUUAUUUUUUUGGAUUAUUAUAAUUAUAAUUAUUAUUUUGUAAACAUCUGACAGUAUUAGUUUAAGGUUCCAGUAUAUUUUAAGGUUUGCAUUAUAACUCAUUUCCUGUUUAUAGAGCCUUUUUUGUUCAUUUUUAUCUAGGGUGUGAAAAGGUUCUGUACUGUAGCUUUUCAGCAAGCGUUGUCACCUAUUUUAAUUAUUUUCUUUACUGUUUAGUUGGAGCCAAAAAUAAUCCACACAUGCAGUAGGCUGUGAUUCGGUCUCUGCUUUUUAUCGAUGUAUGCACUGUAUAGCUUUGGGUUCUAUAGGAUGUAGUCUCUGCACUUAACAACACCCUAAUUCCUUUUCCUGUUUCCAUCCUUGGUGCAGUUGAUGAUCUCAUGGCUGUGAUGCUGUGGUGCAUAUAUCUCCCAGGUUGUCCCUGUCGCUCUGUUUAUUGGCACCUUCCCUUGACUUGAAUCUCAGCAUGGCCAGGUGCUGAAAAUGCCAAGCAAGCAAACUAGGUCUUGUAAAAUUUCUAAUAAGACCUUGUUUUGUCUAGACCACCACUGACUGGCAUCAGUGGGAAUAUAGCAUAAUGCAGGGUCAUUGAAUGGUGUACAAGGAGAAUUUCAUUUAAGACUAAUAAAAACCAGUAAUGUCAGCAGACCAAUGGUUACUAGCAUAUCACUGCCUUUAGUGCAAACAUUUAUGAAAUAUGACUGGUUUUUUAAAGAAAUAUAAUUUAAACAGAGUAGUGAAUGUGUUGCGAUACUGUAAUCAUUAGAAAUAAGCUACCUGUUUUAAAAAAUAUACUUCAAAGUGUCUUACCUUCCAGUAACUGAAACCUAUUAAUGUACGUACGAGUAUCUGCUGUUGUCAUUUACUGGCAUGAAAACCCCUUUUAAAUGUGUUGCAUCAAACAAACUGCCACACGUUUAAUAGUAGCUUUACUUAAUAGCACCUUUCAUACAUACAUUCAUACAAAGAUGUAUGUAAAAAAAAAUGUACAAAUCUGGCCCCAAAUGGUAAACUUGGAUCAUCCUUUUUUUAAAUAAAUAAAAUUUAAAUCAUGUCCUCAUUUCCUGUACUUGCUGUUCAGUUCAAUUGUCUGAUACCUGCACAUGCGGGGCCCUGUAGGUAAAUGAGGUGUUGAGUAUUUUGCAGUGUAUUGUAAAUUGUAAAUACACUUUUUCACAACAGUAUGUUUUCACUCUUUUGCAUUUUGGAAAGGGUCCAGCACUGCACAGCUGCUGAACAUGCAUCCUUGAACCUAAAAGCUUCAGAAGGGAAAUUAAGUUCUUAGGUGUUCUGCAUGCAAAUUCAAGCAAGAAAAUCAUUGCUAAGGCAAGGGUGAUCUUCGAGGUCCACUGCAGUUUUCACGAAGUGAAACAAAUGCACGCAGGUCGACCAUGCUAUGAUGUUAAACACAUAGCUAAGAGGCCGUUCAGAAGAUGCAUACAAGUUAUAACUAUUGUGUGGGGUUGCUUGUUUUUCUGUAAUUUAAUUAUUUGAAGAUCUGAUAUCAAGGCAUUAUUAGGAUUGACUUAAAGGUAUGGAAGGACAUAAACAUUAACUUUUUGAAAUGAGUGAGAUGAGAAAAGCAAAAGAUUUGGGGAUUUUUUUAAACCGCACAUUCAAGUAAAUUCAGUUCAAUAUAGAAACACUCAUUUCACAGAGAUCUGUCCGAUAGCAUGGCUAGUUAGUAUUUUCUAGUUCCACUUUACCAAAAUGUAACUCCAAUCUUAUUCUAAAAGGGCCGGCGUGGGUGCAGGUUUUUGUUUUAACCAGCAGUAACACACCUGAUUAUACUAAUGAACUAAUCGUGGUCUUCAAUCAAGACCUUGAUGAGUAGAAUCAGCCUUCUUAGUCCUGGGCUAAAAAAACAACCUGCACACACAGUGGCCCUUUCUGGAUAAGAUUGGACACCCCUGGUGUAACUGAUGAACAAUGAACACACCUGUUCUGGAUUGUUCUUAUUAUUUUCCCUCAAGUUCAGUGUCUUGUCCAUGCCUCUUGUUUAAUGCCACCUGUUAGCCUUUCUGUGUUAUCCUCAAUGACCUCCUUGUAAUUUUAGCAUUAACCAAGAUAUCACCUAUUCAUUUCAGAGCCGCAUUUCCCACUGUGACAGUGGUUACUGAGGUAGUGCAUUGUCUUGGUCAGAAGUGUUAGUCUGAGUCUCAGUUUGACGUUAUGUAACGGAAAAAAAAGAAUAAAAAGUUGAAAUGAACAGGCACCCUUGGUGAACCCAGGACUUGGGAUUGAAGACACAGUACCAGUGUUGUCCCAAGACCAGAUGACCAGUUGACCCUGGACCCCAUUCUCAUGGUGCUGUCUGCAGUGAUUAUAAUUUUUAUUUCAAGUGGUGUUAGUUAGGGCAAGGGCCUAUAAUGUGCAAGGCAUUGAUUCUCUUCUCACCUCUAUUAUUGUAUUCCAAUAUUGAUAUCAAUGUCUAUAGAUGCCAGGUCCAUUCAUUCAGUCUUGACAGAAAAUUAUCCGGGUAGAAAACCAGCUUUCUGACCUUCAAGAAUUCAUUAUUAUAUGCAAAAUGUAAAUGUCUGGUAGCUUUCACCUAAACUUAGUUAAACUUAGUAAAACACCCUGUGUCAAACAAUAUGGAUUCCACAAGUCAUUCUACUUGUCGCCUUUUAAAAUGAUGGUUUUGGUUUGAACCAAUGUAUGGAAAUUUGAAUCUAGUACAUCUGCUGUCCUCAUGUCAGUUGCAUUGACACGAUGUGCCAUUCAGCCAAUCAGCAGGCCAGCUGAGGGAGGUUGACUGCUCAGAUCUUAGGCGCACACCCUGAAAUGUGCCUGUCCUGAAGACUAAUGCUAACAUGCAGCAGCAGGCACCUGUGUCAAACCAAUCAAAGUGACUAUUGGUCACAAGGCAAGGAAGCCAAUUCCUUGUGGUGCCUGUUCCCCUUCAAAGUUGCUGCUUGCGGCCAAAACUACAAUUUUUAGCACAAUUUGGUCACCUUGGUGGCCAUUUUGAAGUGUAUUGUUGGAUGGAUUUAUAUAAGUGUACUGUGUAAACAUUUUGAUAGCAUAAUGGUGAAUUUGACAAUGUCACAUUAAAGAUGAAACAAGUAAAUGCCUUAUGACUUUGGCCUUUUUACGCCCAGGUUAUGAAAUGCCAAAUGUGAAGGAAUCAUGUGCCCUGCUUACACUUAGGGGCCUCAUUUACUAAGACCUUUAGCAGGUGCAAAACAUUUUAGCACACACAAAACUAGCACAUACAAUAAAUGGUGCAAAUCAAAUACCAGGUCAUGUCAUUGGUUUUUGCUUGUGCUAAAAGAUAAAAGGUGAUAAAGGUCUUCAUAAAUCAGGCCCUUAAUGUAGUGUGAGUAAUAGAAGAUUAAAUGUGUUCACUUUUUAGAAAAUAUGUGAACAAAUUUAAGUGAAAUAUUUAAAUGAUGUACCAUAUUUCAUUUUCAUGUAUAAAUUUGAAUAAAGAUGGAAAAAUCCAGA